AUGGGGGUCAGGGUCCGUGGGUUGGUCAAGCUGGUCACCGACUGGUGCACGGACACGGGCCUUCGACUGGCACGGGAGAAAACCGAAGUAAUCCUGCUGACGGGGAAGCGCGUUCCAAGAGUUUUUAAUCUUGACGUAGGUGGUGGAGAGAUUGCCACCAAAGAAGUUGUAAAAUAUCUGGGGGUGCUGCUGGACAACGCUAAGAGACACUCCUCGCACUUGGAGCAAGCGUGCGAUAAGGCGGAGAAGUUCGUAAGUUCCAUCAGGAGCCUUCUGCCUAAUGUAAACAGACCCACCGAUUCUGUAAAAAGGUUAUACUACGGAGUUUGGGAGUCGGAUAUCUUGUACGCUGCGCCGAUAUGGGCAUCUGCCCCAGGUAUGGUGAGAAAUAAGAUCAUCUUGAUCAGUAUUCAGAUGGCGGCGCUAGUGCGGACGUUGACGGCGUACAGGAGAAUGUCGCACGGGGCACUGUGCGUGGUAACAGGCAAUAUGCCCAUACAUAUUAAGGCGAAGCUCCGGUGGGAGGAGUACGUGGCGAAAAGAAGAUACGGAGAGGAGGUGCGCGGCGAGAUGCAUGACUUGGCGGAGGAGAGGAAGAGGCUCUUGCAUGAGGCCGAGGAUAGGUGGAAAAUCGAAUGGUUAUUCCAUAAUCCCGACAAUUGGAUGAGAAGGUUAAUCAGGAAUUCCUUAGUUUUCGUAAGGAGGAAGAGGAGGGUGAACCAUUACGUGAUGCAGAUCCGUACCGGUUGUAGUAUAUUCAACCAUUAUCGACAUAAGAUCGGCAUGGAGAGCCAUACCAGUUGUUGGGACUGCGUGGAGGACCCGCACGACGCAGAGCACGUCCUGUUCAAGUGCCCAAGAUGGGUGGUAGAGAGAACUUCGCUCGAAUGCAAGGUGGACGAUGGACAUGGACAUCGUCCCGAGGAUGGCUGCAGAAGAUGUCUGACGCGAGCCAUCUGGUUCGGUGGCGUAGUGGUAGAACCAUGA